AUGCACCAAGCGGGACGAAGCACAAAGGACACAAAUAACAACUGGGAACCUUCUAAAGCCAAAGAACAUUCAUUGGAGUUUGGAAAACAGGUUACAGGUGCCAUAAGGAUCACUUCCUCUUCGACAUUACAUCAAUCGACUACGGGAUUGUCUACCUCGGAACAUGAAGGUAUGAUUUAUAUAUGGGAGUGGAAGGCGGCAAGGGGAGGGAAUUAAUUACAGUUCAGGGCCGGGUUGUUCAAAACAGGGUUAAGUGAACCCAGGGUUGGUGCGAAAUUUGAAUUCAGAUAUCAAAGUUUAAAAAGCAAAAUCAGUUUUAUUCUCUUUGUCUACAGUUUGAUGACUGGAUGGCCUAAAAAGAAUAAAGAAAAUAAUCUUGGAAAAUUCUUUUGAACAAAAGAAAAAGAAAAAGAAACCCGGGUUAAAAUUUAACCAUUGUUUAGCGCUAAUCGGCCUUCGAAGUAACUGGGCCCAGGUGUCUGGUAGAGUUAUAUUUCAGCUUCAAGCGUAGCCCUGAAGAUUUAUACAGUUGUUCCUGGUUAGAUUUCUUAUGGUCAAUUUAGCUUAAAGCAAGGGCCCAGUUGUUCGUCGAAGGCCGAUUAGCGCUAACCCGGGGUUUAAAUUUUAAUCCAGGUUUCGAUAUUUUUUGUAGUAUUCAUUUUAGAGAAUCUAAUCAUCAAAUUGUACACAAUAAGAAUGAAAAUGAAUGGCUUUUUACGCUUUUUAGUCAUUUCUAAAUUUAAAGUUUGAACUAGCCCCGGUUUAUCUCAACCCAGCUUUAUUAAUCGGCCUUCCAGGAAUUAGGCCCAGGUCAAUAUCUAUUUUCAAAUCUGCUGGUUUUGAUAUGGGGAAAUGAUGUGGUCGGGAGUUUGGCCAGGGGGAGAGGGGCUGCUCAGAAAGUUUAACCCGUGGAGGUCCAACCCCUCCAACCCGUUUUUAUACCACCACUUUUGAAAGAAAAAUAGGUACCCCUUUCGUAUACCUCCUAUUGGCAAUCUGUACCCCUUUCACAUAACCAGUUAAGAAAUCUACAUUCCUUUUAACUGCUGUAAAUGCACCAUCUUUUAACUGUGAAUUAAUUGCUAAACUACCCUGCCUCCAGGGGUCUGUUCUCAAAAUACCCAAACAGGAAAUAAACUGUGAAUAGGGCAAUGAAGGUCGCGGGAAAUGUUUUACGCUGUUCAUAGAUAAUUUCCUUGCAUUCGAUUUAAACAUAUGCGUUUGUUUCUAACUGAAUCUUUACCUCUUUGUAGGAAUACCAGUAGGAUUGCUUGCUGGAGGAAUUGGCGGGGGAUUGUCAGUUUUGAUUUUGAUCGCUACUCUGUUCUUCUUAGUCCGAAUCAAACGGUAAGCCUUUAUUUCUCUUUAUUUCUCUCUUCAUGCAAGGAGCGCAGAAUGCUUGCAAUUAUUCCGAGCUGCUGAGUAGUUCCCAGUCUUCUUCGUAAGUCGCACAGCAGCGGGAGCAGGGUGUGAUGGGAAGAUAGAUUCCUCGCUUUCCUCCUUCCCAUUUAACCCGCGCUAAUACGGAGAGGUGAGUUACGACUGAUGUCGAAUCAGGGGUAGUAACGUGCACGCGCAUCUAGACUGGGACGAGUAAACGGGCCAAGGGAAAACUGGGAAAAGUUUCAUUGGUAUUUAACAAAGCGCAUUAAAUAUGACCAGAGAUAAUUCUAGGCUCCGUGAGCUCCCAGGAAAAAACUUCAUUGCACGUAAUGGCACUCUCUUAGUUUAAACAUUCAUGUCUUAUCAGUUGUGCAUUUGAUGCUGGAAAUGAAGCUAGCUGGGAAAACAAAAUUCCAUAUAAAUUUGUAUAGCACAAUCAGGCCCCUUUUAAUCUUAUCAACGUACGAGAAGCAUUGUAAGGGAAAGAGUGAGGAAAACCACGCACAACACUUCAUCGUAUUCUCUACUCCUCCAAAGAGUACUGUUUGUGCCUUUCGAUAUGCUUUUAACUAGUUAAACUAAUCAUUACUCUAACCCGGGAUCCUAGCGGCACUUACUUUCCUAAAGAGUACCCCCGGUGUCACAGUGAUAUGGGCAUCCCCGCGUUUUGGGCAUCCCUAUUCCCAAAACGCGAGGGUGCCCAUAUCCGCUGCGAAAUCGGGCUCCAAACUCGUUCUCGGGGCCUUUGCCGUCGAGAUAAAAACCCUGCGAACGAGGCUGGUUGUCCAAAAAAAAAAAGAAGAAGAAGAAAAAAAAAACUUUUUAGUCAAUUCCAAGAAGAACCCCUCCUUGGGCUUAAAUUCCCACCGUAUUUUCUUUCAGACGCAAAACAGGUGGUUUGAUAGUCGCCCAAAGCAACACGGAUACUUCCUUUGACAACCUUGGUUUCACCGGAGGGCGCAAAAUCUCUGAGUACAUGGAUCUAACAGACUUGGAACUGGUGAGAGUCAAAGUCACUAACUCAGUUAAGCGAAAAAUAUCGGCGUUCACCAAAGAGGACCAGAAGACACGGGAGGUGUCGUGUGGACGGUUAGACCUGGUGGAGGUCCCUGCUAACACUGAUAUCGACAGUGACGUACUGUUAACAACUUGGGUUUGA